CCUGAUACUUGUACCCUGACCCGAAUUGAACACGUCUUCAACGAUGGAGAGCGCCAGAGCAAUGAUGUGCCCCGACGAUAAUAGAUUCGAGGAUAGUCACGGCACACAAAAAUUUACUGAUGUCGCGGAGAAUCAAGAGGCAAAGACCAGAGGCUGGAACGUUUUGGACAAAGUGAACGACGAAGCUGGGCCGAAAUGCAGCAUUACCCAGAUAGCAGUCUUCUACGGUGUACAGCCCUCACAGAUCGAAGAAGCCUUUCCAUACAAGCCGCUCCAGGAGGGUAUACUAGCUUUGAGUGCGCAUCUACCAGGCUACUAUGCCGCACAAGACAAAUCACACCUGCGCCCAGACGUCGAUGAUGUCGCUCUACAAGCCACAUGGAGCAAUGUCUAUGCGACGACGCCGAUCUUUAGAAGACGU